GAUGGGGGAGAGAGAGAGAGAGAACCCAAGAAACAAAGCUCAGAAAAACCAAAACACAGACACAGAAAGUGAGGGAAAGAAAAUUAUCCCAUUUCCAAUUUUCUCUCUCCCUUCACUUUCCAUUACCCCUUUUCUUUUUCCAUCUUUUUUUUCCCUUUUUUCUUCAAAAUAGGACCUAAUCUUCACAGCCAAGUCUGCCUCUAUAUCUAAUUCCAGUUUCUCCCUAGAGAGUUCAACCAAUGCUUCAUUCUAUAACACACAAAUCACAAAACUUUUCUGGGCUCCCAUCACAAAUUUGUGGUCUGCAUUGUUCUCUAGAGAAGUCUAAACUUCUGGGUUAAUGGGGAGGAAUUGAAUUUUGAAGUAAAUUUAAUUUCCUGGUGGUAAUGGCAACGGAGCAAUCAUUGCCUUUUAAUGUUGCUUCUGUGGUUGAAGCCGUUCUUCAACAGCAUGGGACUCGUCUCAGCGAUGUGGGAUUGGCUUCAAGGAAGGCAGAGGAAGCUUCUGUGAGAAGGUACGAAGCAGCUGGGUGGCUUAGAAAGACGGUUGGAGUGGUGGGCGGUAAAGAUUUGCCAGCUGAGCCCUCUGAAGAAGAUUUUAGGCUUGGAUUGCGAAGUGGAAUAAUCCUUUGCAAUGUUAUUAACAAGGUUCAACCCGGAGCUGUGGCAAAGGUUGUUGAAGGCCCUUGUGACUCCGUGCCUAUUCCUGACGGGGCAGCUCUAUCAGCAUUUCAGUACUUCGAAAACGUCAGAAAUUUCCUUGUGGCUGUGGAGGAAUUGGGGCUUCCAACCUUUGAAGCCUCUGAUUUGGAACAGGGAGGAAAAUCUGCAAGUGCAAGGAUUGUCAACUGUGUUCUAGCACUAAAAUCAUAUAGUGACUGGAAACAAGCAGGCGGAAGUGGAUCAUGGAAAUUUGUUGGAAACUUGAAACCACCUAUCUCUGGGAAACCCUUUCUGCGAAAAAAUUCUGAACCAUUCAUGAGUUCUUUUACAAGGACCUCAUCAUGGAGUGAAAGAUCGCAAGAUAGUUUCUCCAGUGAAGAUCCCAAUGAAGCAAGUUCUUCUCAUUCCUUACACAUGUUAGUACGUGAAGUUCUUUUGGACAAAAAACAGGAAGAAAUUCCAUUUAUUGUGGAAUCUAUGCUGAGUAAAGUAAUGGAGGAGUUUCAGCAUCGGCUAGCAAGCCAAACUGAACUGGUAAAAGCACCUUCCAAAGAUAGCCCUGGCCCUGACUCUGAGUCUCCAUCUCUUUCUGAACCUGGUUCUGGUGAUAUCAAGAAUGAAGAGAAAGCUGCGACUCAAAUAAAGAAGGAUGAUUGUUGCAAUCAAACAUAUGACCAUCACGAGGGAUCAAAAGGCCAGUUUAUGAAGCAUAAACUGUUGGUUGAACAACAAAAGAAAAAUAUUCAGGAAUUGAAACAUAAUCUAUAUGAUACAAAAGCAGGAAUGAAGUUUCUACAAAUGAAGUACCAGGAGGAUUUCAACAGCCUAGGUAUGCACCUGCAUGGUUUGGCUCAUGCAGCAUCAGGAUACCAGAAAGUUCUUGAAGAAAAUCGCAAGUUAUACAAUCUGGUGCAGGAUCUGAAAGGAAAUAUAAGGGUGUACUGCCGAGUGCGUCCUCUGUUGCCUGGGCAAACAAAUCGUUCCAAUACUUUUGAUCAAAUAGAUGAUGGAAAAAUUACAAUUGUCACCCCUUCAAAAUAUGGCAAAGAGGGGCGGAAAUCUUUCAGUUUCAACAAAGUAUUUGGGCCAUUAUCAACCCAAGAGGAGGUAUUUUCAGAUACGCAGCCUCUCAUUCGGUCAGUUCUUGAUGGGUACAAUGUCUGUAUAUUUGCUUAUGGACAAACCGGAUCAGGAAAAACUUAUACUAUGACUGGACCGACUGAGGUUACGGAAGAAAGCCGAGGUGUAAAUUACAGAGCAUUGGGUGAUCUAUUUCAAUUAUCAGAACUGAGAAAGGACACCAUUCGCUAUGAAAUUUCCGUUCAGAUGCUUGAAAUUUAUAAUGAGCAAGUUAGGGAUCUCCUUGCUGUGGAUGGCUCUAACCAAAGAUUAGAAAUUCGAAAUAGUUCUCAAAACGGCAUUAACGUACCUGAAGCGAACCUUGUACCUGUAUCAUCAACAUCUGAUGUUAUAUAUUUGAUGAAUCUUGGGCAUAAGAAUCGUGCAGUGAGUUCUACAGCCAUGAAUGACCGGAGUAGUCGUUCCCAUAGUUGCUUGACAGUUCAUGUUCACGGAAGGGAUCUGGCAUCUGGAAGUAUUCUUCGUGGUUGUAUGCAUCUAGUUGACUUAGCAGGAAGCGAAAGAGUUGAUAAAUCCGAGGUGACUGGUGAUAGAUUAAAGGAGGCACAACAUAUUAACAAAUCUCUCUCAGCUUUAGGAGAUGUCAUUGCCUCUCUUGCUCAAAAGAAUUCACACGUUCCGUAUAGAAAUAGUAAACUCACACAACUACUCCAAGACUCACUUGGAGGGCAAGCAAAGACACUCAUGUUUGUUCACAUUAGUCCUGAGUAUGAAGCUCUUGGAGAAACAUUGAGUACCCUCAAAUUUGCAGAACGGGUUUCCACAGUUGAACUUGGUGCUGCUCGAGUCAACAAAGAUGGUGCAAAUGUUAAAGAGCUGAAAGAACAGAUUGCUACUCUGAAGGCAGCCCUAGCACGAAAAGAAGGUGAGGGAAUGCAGUUGAAAAAUUCGCUCUCCCUAAGCCCUGAAAGAUUUAGAAUGAAUUCUGCUGGCUCUUCGCCUAUGCAUCCAAGAGGGAAAAGUACUGGAGAUUUUUCCGGUGGUCGUAAGCAACCAACGGAGGAUUUUGGAAAUAUAGAGGCUCGUAAAACCUCUACAUCAAAGCCAAAAAGGCGAAGUUUGGAUCUUCAAGACAUGUUGAUGCAUUCACCUUCAUGGCCACCGGUUGGUAGUCCCAAAGUGAAUGGAAAGGAGGAUGAUAAGGAGUUAUUUUCAUCAAUUCCUGGUGAUUGGGUUGAUAAGGUGAUGGUGAACAAGCUUGAGAGUAAAAGUAGAGAACAAAGUCCAUUAAGAUCAUGUUGGGAUCAUGUGGACAACAGACAGCUACCAGAGAUGUUUGGUCAGAGUCGCCUCUCACACCCUUCCAUCAUAUGUUCGACGACAAAUAAGGAGGAGAGUCAAGACUUUGACGAAUCUGAUGAUCAACUUGAUGCUGCAACUAGUGAUUCUUCAGAGCCAGACACGCUUUGGCAACUAAAUGCUCCUAUUAAAGCUACAAACAUUCCAAAUGGGUUGGGAGCAAAACCAAAGAAAACCAACUGCAGGCCGGUAAGGAGCCCAGAAACUAGAAGUUUCAUUCCAUCACUAAUUCCUUCACCGUCGCGAAAACCACCCAAUGGUGUUAGUCAAGCUUUGCCUAAGAGGCAUUCAGUUUCUGCUGAAGGCAAGCGAAGGUAUGGGAGUGCAAAGUGAUGAUGAGUUUACUGUUCAUGGUGUGAAAGUUUGCAAGAUAUAUAAUUUUUUUGGGUCAUUUUUGUGUAUUCGUGUCUAUAGAGGAACGGAGAGAAAGUGAGAGAAGUUUCUAGAUAUGUAUAUUUGAAACGGCAAUUAUUUUAGUUGCCUGAGUUUCUGUCGCGGUGAAUCGGUGAUCAUAAACUAACAGCAAAAAUUGACUUGGGCAUUGCCUUUGUAAUUAAACAACAAAAAUUGACUAGCUU